GUGUGAAUCGCCUAUCGCAAUGGAGUCGGAGAAUUUUAUUUUGAUCGAAACAACUUAGAAUUUCGCUCGAAAGAUGGAUAAAAUAGCAAUAUCAGUCCUUUUAUUGUGGUUCAUCUCGAUCAGUACUUCAUAUGGUUUGAAGUGUCACUGUGACCAUUGCUUGGCCACAAAUUUAACAUGUGAGACUGAUGGAGUGUGCUUCGCUUCAAUGUCUCGCAUCGAAGGCAAGGAAAAAAAGGCAUUCAGAUGUUUCGACAAGGACAAACUGCUCCCCCCAGAACAGCCCUUUUGGUGUAAAGAUGCGGCAAACAACCAGUACAAUUUUGCAAUAUUGUGUUGCAAAGAGUUCGACUUUUGCAACCGGGAUCUGAGCCCCACGCUUGCCCCUGUCCCGCCGGUCACAGAAGAAUAUGAAGGCGCAAACCAACAGAAGGGUUUGACGACAUUAGAAUUGGCUGUGGUGAUUGCGGGGCCAAUAUGCUUCAUUUGCAUCUUCUUCAUGGUCAUACUCUGUAUAUGUCAGUACAGGAAACGAAGGACAAGUUACCGGCGACAGCUCUAUGCUGUUGAAUCGCAGCCGAUGAUGGAGUCGGAAUCGACGACCAUACGGGAGAUGAUCGAUGAUAUGACUCAUUCAGGCUCUGGCUCAGGUCUGCCUCUCCUGGUACAACGAACCAUUGCCCGAACUAUCUGUCUCGCUGAGGUUAUCGGUAGGGGCCGCUUUGGUCAAGUGUGGCGUGGACGGUGGAGAGGUGAGAAUGUUGCUGUCAAGAUCUUCCAUGCGCGAGAAGAGAGGUCGUGGUUCCGAGAGGCAGAGAGCUACCAGACUGUCAUGUUACGACAUGAGAAUAUCCUUGGUUUCAUUGCUGCUGACAAUAAGGACAACGGCACUUGGACACAGCUCUGGCUGGUCACUGAUUACCACGAGAACGGCUCACUGUUUGACUACCUAAAUCAAACCAUAUGUGACAUCCCUGGCAUGAUCAAGCUGGCUCUGUCUACAGUCAGCGGUCUAGCUCAUCUGCAUAUGGAGAUAAUGGGUACACAAGGCAAACCAGCAAUUGCCCACAGAGAUCUGAAGAGUAAGAAUAUCCUAGUUAAGAGGAACGGCACAUGCUGCAUAGCUGAUCUGGGGCUGGCUGUACGCCACGACUCGGCCCGUGACAUCGUCGACAUUGCGCCCAAUCAUCGAGUUGGGACAAAGCGGUAUAUGGCGCCGGAGGUUCUUGACGUCACGAUAAAUAUGAGCCACUUUGAAUCUUUCAAGCGUGCCGAUGUAUAUGCACUCGGCCUUGUCUUGUGGGAGAUCGCUAGACGGACAACUGUCGGAGGUCUGCAUGAAGAGUACUCGCUUCCUUACCAGGACUGCGUCCCUAACGACCCUUCAAUGGAAGAAAUGAAGAAGAUAGUGUGCGUUGACCGCCAGAGGCCAUCAAUGCCCAACAGGUGGCAGAGUAGUGAGGCAUUGCGAGUGAUGUCUAAGCUGAUGAAGGAGUGUUGGUAUCACAAUGCGGCUGCUCGGUUGACCGCUCUGCGUAUUAAAAAGACUCUAGCCAGCAUGGCUAAUCAGGAAGACGUUAAAUUAUGAGUGAUGUGACUAUUGACUGUCUAUAUCGGGAGAGCCUAUCAAAUUAGGGUCAUAUUCGAAGGAAGUGCUUUUGAACCUUUUCUAAAAAAGAUGGAAGCUCUUGACCAAAGUUUGAUGAAUUAUGAGAGGGAUGAGACUGCAUCCAUAUUGUGGAAUGAAUAUAAUUUAUAUCUUGGUUUCUAAAACGAAGUGUAAUAAGGCCACACUUUUUUAAUAAGUUGGAUUACGAAACUUCAGUUCCAAAACCAUUGUGGGUGGGGCGGGAAUUUUAAAAAGAUGUAUGGUCUUCUUCAAUCUCAAAACUGAUGUGGGAUGAGAAUAAAAAAUUUCAUCGGACUCAAAAUCUAUGUGGGGCAGGGGAAAUAUAAUGAAAAUAUGCUUAUUUUUUAUCAAUUUUAGAGGGGACCCAAAAAAUUAAAAAUUUUGGAAAUUGGUCGUCGGGAAAAAUUAUUGUUCAUUUUUCCCUAUUUUAUGGUCGGGGGAGAAAAAAAGUGUGUCAAAAAUGGUCAUCCCGACUUUUAUUUUUUCCAUUUUCCGGAAAAUGACCCCAGGGGGAUUCGUAAUGCAACAUAUAAAAAAAUGUGGUCUAAGGAGCAUGUUGCAAUUUAGAAAUACUUGUGAAAACGAUACCAGCAUUGGAUUCGAUGAUGGUGUAAGUGUCGAAAAUAAAUAUACUCGGUAUUGGAGAAUCAAUGUGACUAAAUCGUUGGAGGCAACCUGAAAAUGGGAAUUAAGUCUCUGUGCGAGGAAACUAUGAAAGGCCGUUCAGACAUUUUUGCAGGACAUUUGAUUGUAAAUGCCAUGAAAUUGUGCGUGAAAAAGGCAGACAGGGAAGGAUGACGCUGUAUAUGAUUAUGUGUUUAUUGAUUUGCUGUGCUUUUCUUACAUGUAACUUGUUGAUGCGACACACGAUAGACCUGGCAUAUAUUGGACUCGACUACUUGGCCAGUAUUUUUUGGUCCGUUAGAUACAAGAUUUGUUAUUGUCUACAUACUUUAGGACGUGACAGACUUGUCCAUUAUUUAUGAGAAUCUGGUAUAUACGAGUCUGAUAUUUGCAUGGUUACUGGACAAUAGCCACAGAAUACAGUAGUCAUUUGAGUGACUGAAACUUUCUGUGGUCCCAAAAUGAGUUUUUAAUGCACCAUAUCGCCCCAAGACUGACCUCACUCUUUAAAUCGACUCUUUAAAUCGACUCUUUAAUGGAACAUGAUAUUGAUGCAGAUUUGUAAAUUGUGAAGUGUUGGGCGUGAAGGAUCAGACCUCCAAAGAAGCUAUGUUAAGCUGUCAUGAUACCAAUGGCUGGGUGCACCAGGUUCUGUUGAUCGUCACUGAGCUGCUCGUGGGCAGAUCCGAUAUCCAUCGGAAAAUGAACCCAAAAAUACACAAUUCUACAAUGACAAUUCAUAAGCUUGUGUCCACUUUUAUAUCUAUAGCACCCUUCUUAUAAUACUGGUAAUACCUGUAACAUACUGUGACGCUUGAAUCCUGAAUAUAUUUCAGGAUUACUUCAGGGGUAUGGUAAUACAGGGAUGAGACGUUUUUGGAGGAUUUUCAUUUUUCUUCUACAAUACUUAAUUUGACAACAAAUGGAGAGAUUUUUGACUCGACUCUCCGUAAAACUUUGAAUUUUUAAAAUCGAACAAAAAAUAAUGAUUUUAGACGCAGUUUCAUGGACAGCAUGCAUGUUCACAUGAAAAAAAUGUACAGUUUUUUUGCUCUGGACACUGUCGGUGUCAAAUAUCAUAAUAACGACGCUUUGUAGCUGAAGGGUUAAUCAAGUACUUUUUGUACAGUAGAUAAAUUAACGCGCAGAUCAGUGUUCACUUCAAGCAUGUCCGUGACAAAUAUGCCUAAAAUAUGUUUAAAAAUAAAUCAUUUUAUAUUAUCUCUCGAGGUUCUAAACUUCAGGGAAAAGUUGGAUCGCUGUUUAGGAUUGAGCUUUUUAGGAAUAUUUUACAUUGUGGGCAUCACAGCUCUACUGUAAAUGGCAAAUUAGCUUCCCUUACUUGUAUCUCUCAAUCAUGACUGUCUGUAUAGCUUUAACUAAGCCAAUUUUGACUUACAUGUAUGUCGAGUCUCUAUGGCAUUUCAAAUUGGCAUUUGCAUAAGGUCACAAAGCCGUCACUUGUACUUUAGCGUACCAAUGUGUACAUGCAUUGGGUAUGUUGUGUUUGCCUUGCACCAAACCAGUCUUUGAAAUGAUAAAGGAUAAGCUUUAAAUGUCAGAUUACAGGUACAUGUGAGUAGGCUCAAAAGGGUGAUCAUUUUCAACAACAAAACUCCCUUUGGGGAUCUCUGAAUUAUAAAAACCGAAAAUUGUUCCUUUUUCUAUCACUGUUCUUAUGAAAUGAGUUAUUUGUGGAGUUUUAAAUUAUAAAAAGAAAAUGGUGCUUUGUUCUGUUCGGUGUGCAUGGGGAUUGUCUAUAAAUUCUUGGAGCACUUUUCUUGGUUCAUGACCUUGACGACAUCUGUAGUGUCAACACUGACCUGAGUGUGUGGACAGUGCCCAUGUAGAUCAAAUAGUAAUUUUGUGAAAAGAUAACUUGGAAAAAGAGUGAGUUUGCAGGUUUGAAUGCAAAGAUGAUGGUUCUAGAAAACGGUCUCCAAUCAAAGUAAAAAAUGAUUUUCUUCGCAGGUGAUUUUUCUCAUGCAUAACUAUAAUGGUGGUGAUUUCUUUUGCAGUUGUUCAAGCAGGCAUCAGGGGUAACAGUGUAUUAUGUAAUCACCCAUCACUCACCCCGUCCAUUUGCCAGAUUAACUGCGAAUACAGUAACCAAAAUUAGUUAUGCAAAGAGAUACUGCGUACAUACAAAUGAAACAAUGUUUUGUCAUUGAUUGGAGAUCGUGUGGACUCCUUGGGUGAGGUGGUUGGUGGUGGGAUAAUCGCACACUAUACCUCACUCUUCAAGAUGUGCUUUGUACAAACUGAACAUAGAAUAUUGUGUAAUAUACAUGUAGCGGUGAAACGUUAUCACCUGAAUUCUGUAGUGUUGUAGAAUGGAUGAAAUUAUGUACGUCAUAUCAAGAAUAAAUAAAGACUAGUCUUUAUUUAAUUCUUGGUCACAUUGAUUAUUAUGGGUUAUUUUCUCUUGUUUGGUACGUCACGUAUUCAAAAUGUCAUUCAAAGAUUGCUGUCAACUCAUCACCUCUACUAUCAUAGUGUUUGCAAUAUACUGUAAACAGUCGAAUGUUUGUGCUUAUGGUUCGUGAAAAAUUUCUGAAAAAUAAAAUUUUGCAAUUUUAUUUUUGGCUGUCUUGUUUUUUUAAUUGAAGAUAUUUUUUCAUGAUUUUUACUUUCUUGAAUCUAAGUUAUUUGCAUAAUCUGGGAAAAUUAAAUGCCCCAAAUAUUUGGCAGUUUACCAGCAGGGCUUGCCUGCAGUGCCAAUUUUGGGUUGUUUUGAGUAUCAGGAAUUGAGAUUACGCAAUGUUUGAAUGGCCUGUUUAUACAUAUGGAAAUUGUUAGCAGUGUGUUUUUUUCCUAGAGAACUUUCAAAUUGUAUUUUAUAGAAAGAUCCCUUAGAUCACGCAAGAAUUAUUUAUCAGACCGGUUCAGGGAUAAAUUUUUCAAAAGGCACUUUCAUUGUGUACUUCAUUAGUGCUUUCCCUAGAUGUUUGAAAGUGUUUGGCCCAUGUUUCCUUUGAAAAAAAGAACUUGUCCAUACAUUCACCCAGAUGACUAAAGAAAACUGUGUUUUGAUAUCCAUAUAACUAUUUUAAAAAAGGGUAUUCAAAGUACUAAGCAACAAAAAUGGCCUCUGUGUGUAAAGUUGAUAGUCUUGAGUCAUUCAGUUGAAAAGCAUGCAAUAGUAAAGGUGCCAAACAGCCAGUUUACAUCAUGUUUUAGUUUUGGCCCCCUAGUGGCCAGGUCAGGAAUCACACCAGAUGGAAAUUUGUUGUGAGAGAUCAACAGACCUAAAAGGGUCAUGACCUCGAGCUUUAAAAUCCAAAGCCACAGUGGUUACGAAAUAUGGUACAAUUUAAAAAAACUCCCAGCCAAUCGAAAUUGCAAUUAUGGGCACUGUUUCUUCAUCCCUUUAGUUCAGUAAUGAUGAGUUUUGAAAAGAAGUAAUUUUUAACUCAUCUGAUGCCGUAUCCUCAAAGACUUGUCCUCUUAUAAUAUAGUGUAUAAGCAUACAAUAUUACAUGUAAUGUAAUGUAUAUUAGUUUUUAACUGUGAAUACCCUAUAUCUUGACUGAAUAAUGGGGCAUUUUAUCAAUAAAAUAUAUUCAUCUUGGAAGAAA